UCAGAGGGGGCGAGGAGUCAAAAAAAAAAAAAAAAAGAAGCGACUCCGGCGGUGUGUUGCGGUCGGUGUGGCCUGGCUCCGAGCCUCCCGGGGAGCCGCGAGACUUCCGCCGCUGCCGCAUUGUUCGCCCCAACCUGCCAGCCACCACUGGCACUUGCAAGAACCGCACCAGGAUUAACACACGGAUCCAUCAGAAAGUCUUGCUUCGCUCACUCGGAUGGGCUUUGGGAUUUUUAUUUUUUUCGUUCCGAUGAAGAGGGCUUAUUCCGCCGCCCAACGACGCCGGCUUCGGUGAACCGGGUGCGGGCCGCCAGGCAGCCACUCAGCAGAUUGCCACGUUUGCGUCAUGUCGGCGGCGCAGACGCAGAAGGAGGGCGGCGGCGGUGGUGGUGGCGGCGAAGGCGGGAGCGGGAGCUGGGCCUGCCUGGAGUCUCUGGGACUGAGUCAGAAGGAGCUUGUCCUGGCUGAAGCCUUGCAGAUGGAGUACGACGCCCUCUCCAGGCUCAAGCGGGACAAAAAGGCCCCCGACGCACAAACUUCCGGAGAGCCGACUCCAUCUGACUCUUCCUUCCAGCGAGCCGGGGGUCCUUGCUCCGUACCGGCCCUUCCCGCCGGGGCGCCCCCUUCCCUCUACAUCCUCGACGGUCCCGAGCUGACCAAGCGAAGUACCUCAGAUCCCAAACUCCUCCCUAAAAGUUUCCAAACUUUUCCUGACGACACCCCCCCUGCCAUCCCACCGCGGAACCCCAUCCCACCGCCGCCGGCGCCGGCGUCUUCAUCGUCGGGAUCAGAGAAUCCCUUCUUGCCGGUCAGAGCACCCGCGGCGACCCAUGACGUCAACGUGUACACGCCUGAUGCGGACUUGCCCAAAGUCCUCUCGGUUGAGCUCGACUACGACAUCAUCAAUGACUCGCUGGCCCGGCUCAACAGCGGCCGGCGCGACGGAGCCGGGAAGCCCGUGGCGCGGAGCAACACCCUCCCCCCUCAAGUCCCACCCAGGACCUACUUACCUGUCGCCAAGAGCAACAAGAACCAGCGCCGAGCAUCAGUAGACCCGGUGACGGCAGGCUCCCGGACGAGCGGCUUCGGCUACGAACUCUUCCAAGUGUCUGAGGAGCGUGACGAGGAGGUGGCGGCUUUCUGCCAUAUGCUGGAUGUGCUCCGUUCGGCGUACCCGUACAGCGACCGCUCCAAGAACGCCGGCUUGGCCUGGUCUCCGUGGGUGGGCCAGGAGGAGCUCCAUCGCGGCCCGGGCCUCAGCGUCAAAGUGUCGGUCGUCAGCGCCCACUUCCGAGAGCCGCUCACCUUCACCUGCGACGGCUCUUCCACGGCGGACCUGAUUAUCUACCAGACGCUGUGCUAUGCUCAUGAGGACCUGGACCACCUGGAUGUGGAUGACUACCUGUUGAAGGUGUGCGGACAUGACGAGUACCUCCAGAACUGUCAGACUUUGGCAGGUUUGGAGUAUGUGCAACAAUGUUUGAAGUUCGACUGGGACGUUCGACUGAUCCUCACUCAGAGAGCUUCCAUCAACACAGAGCUGGCACGCACGAAGGAUGACGACGAGCUGGCAUCCACAUUGAACCACGGCAUCCUGCUGCAGGAGCGACCCAUCAAACAGACGGUCACCAGGGAGGCUCUGACGCUGCUGCUGGACACCUUCCACAACGAGGCCGAAUCGUUUACGCUGGCCGAGGCGGAGCUCGCGCUACGUGUGGAGCGGUUGGUCCAAUCGGUGAAGGCGCUAUGCAGCUCGCUGGCGGCCGUGGAGACGCCGGAUGUGACGGCGGCGCUCGGCCGGCUGCCCGCUUGUCCCUGUCGCCUGCAGCCCAAAGUCCUCAAGGACGCCUCGGUGUUGUCCGUCCGGGAGAACCGAGAAAAAGUUGUGGAGAAGUUGACGGCGGCCAUUUUGGACCUGGUGGACCUUUACUGCGCCACCUUCAAUGCCAACUUCCACACGGCGCCGCACAGCCACCCGGGCGCCGCACCCGUCCGAGAGGCGGGACACACCGCCGCCGUGCUCUCCUUCAACGUCUACGCCGCCCACCGAGUGCCCGUCACCUGGGCCGCCAGCUAUGAGGGAUUCUUCCUGUCGUGCGCGCUGAGUCACGGGGGGGCGGAGCUAUGCGCGCCCCAGCACACCAGCAAACAGUCGGUCAGCAAAUACCUUUUCCACCUGGUGGUGUGGGACCAGAGAGUGACUUUCCCGGUGCAGAUCAGUCAGCUUCCCCGAGAGACGCAGCUAACAGUGACGCUGUACGCCAGCUCCCUGCCGCCACCCGGUGGCGCCGAUGAGAAGAGCAGGCAGCGGCGCAGCGCCGAGGCUCUGGGCUGGGUCACCAUGCCGCUCUUUGACUUCCGGCACGUGCUGACGCGCGGCAGGAAGUUGCUGGGCCUUUGGCCUUCUAUGGCGGGGAGGAGCGUCAACGCCCACUCCGGCUCGCCCAACUUCAGCCAGCCGGACAGCGUCAUCCUCCAGGUGGACUUCCCGUCCUCCGCCUUCGAUAUUUGCUUCAGCACGCCGCCCGCCGCCGACUUCUGCCCCCAGUACGACUUCUCCAGACUAGAUGCCGGCAGCCAGGUGGCGCUGCGGGACAUCCUGCACAAGAAAGCCUUCUUCUGGCUGACGGUGGAGGACAAGCGCGCAGUGUGGGAGAAGAAGGCCUUCUGCCAGGCAGAGAGCGGCGCGCUUCCGCUGGUGCUGGCCAGCGCCCCCUGUUGGCAGUGGGCCUGCCUGCCAGACAUCUAUGCGCUGCUGGGCCAGUGGGCCUGCCCGGGCCACCUGGACGCGCUGGGCCUGCUGCACGCCUCGUUCCCGGACCAGGAGCUACGCAGGACGGCCGUCCAGUGGAUGGACGCCAUCUCCGAGGCCGAGCUCAUCGACUUCCUGCCUCAGCUUGUGCAGGCGGUGAAGUACGAGUGCUACCUGGACAGCUCGCUGGUGCGCUUCCUGCUGCGGCGCGCCAUCGGAGACCUCAGUGUCGCUCACUACCUCUUCUGGCUGCUGAAGGACAACCUGCAGGACAGCCAGUUCCGCGCUCGCUAUCAGCACCUGCUGGCCGCCCUGCUGUGCUGCGUUGGCCGCGGCCUCCGGGAGCAGCUUGACCGUCAGUGCUGGAUGGUGUCCAUCUUGGCUAAGGUGGCCCAGAGCGUCAGAGACGCCGCGCCGACAGCCAGACAGACGGUGCUGCGAGAAGGUCUGGAGGAGAUGAAGAGCUUCUUCUCAGUCAACAGCAGCUGCAGACUUCCUCUCAACCCGGCGCUGCUGGUUCGAGGGAUCGACAUCCCGGCGUGCUCCUUCUUCAACUCCAACGCCGUCCCGCUCAAGCUGUCCUUCCGCAAUGUCGACCCGCUGGGUGAUAAUGUUAGCGUCAUCUUCAAGUCAGGCGACGACCUGCGUCAGGAUAUGCUGACGCUGCAGGUGAUACGCAUCAUGAACAAAAUCUGGCUUCAGGAGGGUCUGGACAUGAGGAUGGUCAUCUUCAAGUGUUUCUCCACCGGGCGAGGCCGCGGGAUGGUGGAGAUGAUCCCUCAGGCCGACACACUACGCAAGAUCCAGGUGGAGCACGGCGUGACGGGAUCCUUCAAAGACCGACCGCUGGCCGACUGGCUGCAGAAGCACAACCCUGCUGAUGAGCAGUACGACAAGGCGGUGGAGAAUUUCAUCUAUUCGUGCGCGGGCUGCUGCGUGGCCACGUACGUUUUGGGAAUCUGCGACCGGCACAACGACAAUAUUAUGUUGAAGACCAGCGGCCACAUGUUCCACAUCGACUUCGGCAAGUUCUUGGGCCACGCGCAGAUGUUCGGCAACAUCAAGCGUGACCGCGCCCCCUUUGUCUUUACGUCCGACAUGGCGUACGUCAUCAAUGGCGGUGACAAACCAUCCAGUCGCUUCCACGACUUUGUAGACCUUUGCUGUGAAGCCUACAACCUCAUCAGGAAGCACGCACACCUUUUCCUCAACCUCCUCGGCCUGAUGUUAUCGUGUGGAAUUCCCGAACUGUCGGACAUUGAUGAUCUCAAGUACGUCUACGACGCUCUCAGACCUCACGAAUCAGAGGCCGACGCCACCAUGUACUUCACCAGGUUGAUCGAGUCGAGCUUGGGCAGCGUGGCGACCAAACUGAACUUCUUCAUCCACAAUCUGGCGCAGAUGAAGUUCGCUUGCGGCGAAGACGUGCCGUCGCUGUCGUUCGCCCCGCGCGUGCACUCGGCCAAGAGCGACGGCGUCAUCCGAAGCCUCUACGUGUGCGCGCAUGCGCGUGCCACCUCCGGCGGAAAAGCUUACACUUACGUGGUGAAGGUCGAGCGUGACGGCCAGCAGGAGGCGCAGUUGGUGCAGAGGACAUUUGAGGAGUUUCAAGAACUUCACAGCAAACUCAGGCUCAUGUUUCCCUCCUCAAAGCUUCCCAGCUUCCCCAGCCGCUUGGUGAUUGGCCGUUCCCGUGGCGAGGCGGCGGCGGAACGGCGCAAAGAUGAGCUGAAUGGUUACGUGUGGCACCUGGUCCACGCCGCGCAGGAUGUCGCACAGUGUGAUCUGGUGUACACGUUCUUCCACCCUCUACCCAGAGACGAGCGACCGGGACCAAGCAGCAGCAGAACUGAGAUGGCAUGGACUCCGGCUUCAGGCAAACAACUGGGUGAGGUCAAACUGUCAAUCUGCUACCGCAACGACAAACUCUUCAUCAUGGUCAUGCACAUCCGAGGCCUGCAGUCACUUCAGGAUGGUACAGAUCCAGACCCGUACGUGAAACUCUACCUCCUACCGGACCCGCAAAAGACCAGCAAGAGGAAGACCAAGGCGGCGCGACGCACCUGUAACCCAACAUACAACGAGAUGCUGGUGUACGAGCGCAUCCCGCGCGGCGACCUGCAGCAGCGCCUGGUGCACGUGCGCGUGCUGGCCGACGGCGCCUUCUGGGACAACACGCUGUUGGGCGAGGCUUUCAUCCCGCUCGGGACACUGGUCCCGGGUCAGCGCUGGGUGGACUGGCACCCGCUGGCUCCCGCCCGUGCCGACGCGCCGCAUUAAGUCUAACGUGUUUCUCGCCAACGGUUCCUAUGCUAUGGAUUCAUGGCGGACAUGUCGCGUUGACUUUUGG